AUGUCAUCGGUGGAAAGUGAAAUGAAUUACAACACGGACGACCUGAAGGAGUUCUCUAGGCCCUUCCCAAAUGCCGUCCCGACAACGAACCGCGGCUCUUCGACGCCCGAAACCAGCUAUGUGACAACAGAAUCCAUCCGAAGUCAUUUUGAAAGACUUGAGACGCGGAUGGAUCGCAUCGAAGGCGCUCUGAAUAAGAUACUGGACCGUUUGCGCUUGUCGGCGGUGGACGACGAAGAUGGAAGGCAGCGAACCAAGCUUGAUGGCUCGACUUCGGAAAACCAGGAGAAUCUCACUGUUCUGGAUACAACAAACAAUCACGAAAUGCAGCAACCGGGCCAAGAACCCACCAUCGAACAGGAUACUGAUCGCCAGUAUACGUACACUCCUCUCGACACUACUAAAUCGCACAUCCGGAUUCUGAGGCUCCAUCGAGCAGAAGAGCUCUUAGAUCCGCUGAUUGCAGAUCUCGUCGUUGUUGGUCUGGACGAUGAUACUAUCAAAGGCAUCAACCAAUCCGACAUUGACGAACGAGGUGAUCAAGUUUGUCUCAUGCGUCGCAUCUACAAACGCGCCUCGUCGGUCCAUGUUUGGCUGGGCGAAGAGGCGGAUGAUAGCUCCGUGGCGAUCGAUCUCUUGAAUACCCUAGGUGCGCCUCCUAAGCAUGCGCCUGGUGAAAGGACAAUACGGUAUCCAUCAUUUACUGAAGAGGAAGUCAUGCGCCAUUGGAACGCACUGAGGGCCCUCUUCAAACGACCUUGGUGGGAGCGUGUGUGGAUCAGACAGGAGAUUGCACUUCAUGUGCUCGUGAAGCUGUGGUGCGGGGGCAAGAGCUUUGAUAUGAAUGCCUUGGGACCGGCACUCUUUAUGUUGAGGCAUAUCUCAUCGUUGGGUUAUGCCAGCACUGUUUCCAAUUCAGAUGACAAGUCCACAGUGUCCUUACCAUGGGACUUCCACCCCAGAACGUUAGUCGAACUGAGGCGACUCACGGGAAACGGGCUUCUCUGGGUCGGCCUUGCACAGCUCUUGCGCAUAACAAGAUCUUGCAAAGCAACAGAUGCUCGCGACACGGUAUUCUCUGUGUUAGGCAUGGCGGAUCCCGAGAUCUACCCCAUCGUUCCAAAUUACCGCCAAGAGUUGAAUCAGGUACUUCUAGGUGCGGCACAGGCCGUUAUCGGCCUGGAAUACGGGCUUGAAAUCUUAGGCGCUUGCCAGAACCCUGAGAAGAAACAUGGCUUGCCUUCCUGGAUACCGUUCCUACUGGAUAAAUGGAAAGCAAUACCCUUCCAGACGGCGAAUGUGCAGGGACAAAGAUUCAUCCCUCGGCUUACCGAGGCGGAGUUGCCCAGUGUCCAGGUCGAAGCUGAGGUUCUAGUGCUGCAGGGUUGUCUUGUGGAUGCUGUCGAAUCCAUCUGCAAAUCUUUUAUCAGGAACAAAGCCGAUGCGGAAGACAUGGAGUUCGUAUACUCUUCCUGGAGAAAGUUCGCCAAAGAUGCAUCAUUGCGGAAGCAAUUAUGGAAACAGGAUAUCAGCAACUACGUCAAAUGCGAGGAGCAAGAGAAAACGAGGAACUGGAUUCGCUUUCUAACGGUCCUGGUCGACGAAGCGCAGGACCUUCAAAGCCACUACGGUCUUCCUCACGCACAGAAAGACAAGGGCCCCGACUCGUUUUUGAGCGAUCCCCUGAAGAGUCCAUACUAUCACAUUGGCCUCAACCCCAAGCUCACACGCUCCUACUUACUUCCCUCAUCACACUCAUCCGCUAGUCCUCAUCCGAAUCAUAGAGUUCAUGCCGGAUUUCAAUCAUACGGCGUUGGGCGUCGUCUUUGUAUUACGAAGAGAGGAUUGUUGGCUCUAAUUCCCGCUGAGGCCCAAAUCGGGGAUCCCAUUGCGGUUUUCAAGGGAGCCUCAUUUCCGUAUGUGCUACGAAAGUCCAAAGAAGAGAGUAAUCAUAUCCUCAUUGGGGAAGCCUUCAUUCCAAGUUGGGUCGGCGGGAUUGGGGAGAGGAAUGCAGAGACGUUGAUGAGGGAGGAGUGGAGAGUCGGAUUGCAUUCGUGGAUCCGGAUAUGCUAA